AUGUUACAGAGGGGAAAACUGAGCUGCCAAGGUCCCCAGAGAACCUUCCCUUCCCUUGCACAGACCCAGGCUCCUCCGCUCCCCAGCGGCUCCAGCUUCCCCGGGGGCGUGUCUGGCGCCGGCCCCUCGGGCCCCCAGCUCCGCAACGGAAGCGAACCCCCGCCGGGCAGGGAGCUCGUGGACCCGGAGGACCUGAACCUGACCUUGGAGGAGCUGCGGCUCAAGUACCUGGGCCCGCGGCGGAGCCGGCUCUUCGGGCCCAUCUGCGCGGCCUACCUGCCCAUCCUGGCGGUGGGCGCGGCGGGCAACGCCCUGACGUGCCUGGUCAUCCUGCGGCACAAGGCCAUGCGCACGCCCACCAACCACUACCUCCUCAGCCUGGCCGUGUCCGACCUGCUGGUGCUGCUGCUGGGCAUGCCCCUGGAGCUCUACGAGCUGUGGCGCAACUACCCCUUCGGCCUGGGCGCCGGCGGCUGCUACUUCCGCACGCUGCUCUUCGAGACGGCCUGCCUGGCCUCCGUGCUCAACGUCACGGCGCUCAGCGUGGGCCGCUACGUGGCCGUGGCGCACCCGCUCCGGGCCAAGGCCGCGCUCACGCGGGCCCGCGCGCGCCGCGUCAUCGCCGCGCUCUGGGCGGCCGCCGUGCUCUGCUCGCUGCCCAACACCAGCCUGCACGGGCUCCUGGAGCUGGAGGUGCCGGGCCGCGGCGUGGUGCCGGACUCGGCCGUGUGCACGCUGGUGCGCCCGCGCGCGCUCUACAACCUGGUGGUGCAGGGGACGGCGCUGCUCUUCUUCGGCCUGCCCGUGGCCACCAUGGGCACCCUCUACGCGCUCAUCGGCCUGAGGCUGCGGCGGGAGCGCCGCCUGUGGGCCCGCGCGGGGAGCGCCAGGGCCGGCGGCCCCGGGCCCGAGAAGCUGCGCCAGAGGCAGCUGACCAAGAUGCUGUUCGUGCUGGUGGUGGUGUUCGGCCUGUGCUGGGCCCCCUUCCACGUGGACCGCCUCAUGUGGAGCUGCGUGUCCUCCUGGACGGAGGAGCUGCUCCAGGCCUUCCAGUAUGUGCACGUGGCCUCCGGCGUCUUCUUCUACCUCAGCUCCGCCGCCAACCCCGUGCUCUACAGCCUGCUGUCCAGCCGCUUCCGGGGGGCCUUCCGCCAGGCCCUGGGCCUGCGGGGGCGCGGACGGCCCGGGACUGGUCCGGCCCAGCCACUGAAGGGGGGCCUGCUGCCAGCCGGGGUUCUGGGCAGCGGGAGCCCUCGCUCUCCCGGCUAGGAGGGAGAGUGGUCGGGGCAGCCUCAGAGAGGGCCAGGAGGGGCUGGCCAGAGAUCCUCCACACAGGGAGGGGGGAGGGGAAGCAGGCCUGAAGCCAGCACUGGAACACUGCAAGUAUUCUUUCAUUUGUCCUCAAAACCUGGGAAUAGAUGCGUCUAUGAUCCCCAUCUAACAGAUGGAGAAACCGAGGCAGAGAUCAAGCGACCUGGCCAGGGUCACGGGGCUGGCGCAUGUCCGAGGCUGGAUGGGAAUUCAGGCUCAGCAAACUGGCCGCGCCGCUCCCCAGGAGGGAACCUCAGAAUCCCCGGUGGGGGGUGCAGACAUGAGACCUUCCCUCUCAGAGGGGGGGCUUUUCACCCUCCCCUGGAUGACCUCCCGGGGCCCCUCCCACUCUGAGCUUCCACUUCCUUCCAUAAAACCACCCUCAGCAAAGUCCGAGAGUCCCGGCCCCCCGGAGCAGGGAAGGAUUCGAAGCUGGGACAGGCCUCAGUUUCCGCCUCUGGCAAACAAGGCCCGGACCAGACGGUCUCCGAGGAAUCUUCCAGGUCUGUGAGCCGGGGACCCACCGAGUCCGGAUUUCCUCUUGGACAUCGCUAAUCAUUUCCAUCUCCAGUGCGGGGGGAGGGGGGGGAGCUCCCCCAUCCGCAGGGCUCGGGAGUCUGGAGGAGGACGGCCAAGGCUGAGGGAGCCGGAGAUGCUCGGUGUGGAGGAGAGAUGCCCCCAGGAGGCUCGCCGUCAGGACCCGAGGGCCGGCUCUGAGCCUCAGUCCGCUCCGGGGGGCUCCGGGGGAGGGGGCCCAGGCAGAAAAAUCAGGAGCCACCCCCAGCUGUGGGCCGUCCAGGGGACUUCCGGCAGGGCCGGCCGGAUGCCUCUGGUCCAUCCCUCGGCCCCGUCGCUUCGUAGCCCGAAUCACUGAAUGGGUGUUGCUUCAGGAAAAGGGUGAAGACCGUAGCUUAAAAAAGCCAAGGUCCCCUGUUGCAUCCAGGGCCGUCUCUGGUCACCCCGACCCGGCCCAGGUGGUGCCGAAGGGGAAGGUGAGGCAGGUGACUUGGCCUGGCAGCUUCCCUCACGCAGAUCCGGUUCAUGGUGUCACCUCCCUGAUGUCGUGGUGCUCUUAGAGAACAAGGGACAAACCCGGCCCCUGGUCAGCCGUGGAGCCGUGGCCGUUGGAGCUCCUCCCAGUCCCGAGAGCCCACGUGGGCAAGCUCUUCCAUUAAAAAGAACUCAGAUGAAGAAAUCCAUCAAUGAGUCAAUCAACAACCCCCCUUUUUAGCUCUUAGAGUACCUGGCUGCAAAGCCCUCCGUUCCAGUGGACUCGAUAAGUAUGGAUUAAGCGUCGGAGAUACAAAGAAAGGCAGUUUAUCCCUGGCAGAAAAUGGGACAGCAACUGUCCAGACGAGAUAAGGACGGGGAACGAUUUCUUUCUUUCUUUCUUUCCUUUUUUUUUUUUUUGGCUGAAGCAAUUAGGGUUAAGUGACUUGCCCAGGGUCACACAGCCGGGAAGUUUUAAGUGUCUAAGGUCAAAUUUGAACUCAGGUCCUCCUGACCUCCACUGCGCCACCUAGCUGUCCCUACUUAACAUAUAUUUCAACAUGUUUUAACAUAUAUUGGACUACCCGCCAUCUAGGGGAGGAGGUGGGGAAAGGGGGGAACACAAGGUUUUGCAGGAGUCAAUGGUGAAAAAUUAUCCGUGCGUAUAUUUGGAAAAUAAAAAGCUUUAAUAAAAUAAAGACAAUAAAGUUGCUAGCUCAAA